GACCUCGAUCAGUUCGUUUCGAAACACCCGCGACUCACGACGCGCCGCUUGCCGACGACCGGUCAGUUAUCACGUGCUUUUCUCGUCACGAAGUGUGGCGCCGAACAUAUUCACGGUCGAAAAAAAUACAAAAACCAAACAAAAAAUAACAGUUUAUCGCGUGUUCGGGGACGGAAACACACAAACGCGUCGUGGCUAACCGUCUCACGCCGGACACGAAAACCACGACCAAACAAACGUAUGGACGAAUAAAACUUUUCUAAUAAACUUCUAGACCGACUGGAAUACGAGCGAAGAUCCGUCUACGAGUUCAUAAUACAGUGAUAAGGUGAACGGUAGUAAGACGAUUAAACAUAUUUAUCACCAAUGAUGAAAUCGACAACUGUACUAUACAGAUACAACGAUAUCAGUCGUAAAAAUGGAUUUUACAGUCUCAACAUAAGACAUGCGGCAAUUACCGGAGCGAUUUACACACUGAAUAUAUCUGUAUUAGUUGUAUUAAUAUACAGCUGGAUGAUCAGUUCAAAUAUGAAAAAUGCUGUUCUUCUUCAAGAUGUAUUUUAUGGUGUUCAAAUAGCAUACACAGCCGUCAUUGGAACCAAUUUGUUCAUCUUCGCUGCCAGUGUCAUAUUACUCCUAGGAAUUGUCAAAGAACGGGUAUCUUUAAUCGUGCCUUGGAUCGUCGGACUCAUAACUUUCAUGGCACUUGAAGCGGUUGCCAUUGUUUACUCAAACGUUCUCAGAGACCAUGUAAACAAGAAAUUCGACUCGUUCUGCAAAAUCGAAGUGACCUUUUACUUGAUACGGGCAGUACUGAACGUGCUGAGUCUAUUAAGUGUGAUAAAAUUCUACAACAUGGUGCGAUUGGGAGUAACAUGGAAAGGUCCAGAAACCAUUGAACUGUGAUGUAAAAUAUCGGGACCAGGACGUUUUCCUGGUUCCAUAUCUUCUUCUGAAGACACUGAUACGACUGUAUCCUCAAAUAUGGAUGAUUUCUUAUAAUGAACACUAACAAUAUGUAAAUGUUGUUGUAUAUUUUGUUUUGGUUGAAAAUUAUUAAAAAAUGUGUAAUAAUAAACACAGAUAUUUUAUUUUUA